ACACAUCACCUAUGGCAAAAGAAGAAGCACAAGCCACCAAGGCCAAAGAUAAUUCUGGUCAUGAGAUAGACAACAAGGCACCUUUAAAGGUAACAGGAAAAGGUAUUUCUAUCACACAUCUAAUCAACAAAUUUGACCACUCCACAACUACCACAUCAUCAAAACUAUUACUCCACCCAAUCGCUUCCAAAAACACACAACAAAACGUCACCUAAAUUCAGAAAAGGAGUUACCUCUGUCGCCCACCUAAUUCCUUCAGAGAAAACCCGAACAUUAGAAUCUUCUCCACAAAAAACACCACCACGAAACAAGGCAACAUCACCAGUGACUUGUCCAAAGUCAGUCCAUUCACUUACACCAGCGGGACCAAUCACCAAUCACACAUCCACAUUUGCAAAAAAUAAAAAGAUAAAAGAAGAAAACACACAGAAAACAGAAGAUAAUCCUAGUCUAAUAACACAUACGACAAUUCCUAAGAAUGCCCAUUAGUUGCACUUAAUGCACCAAACCUGCGGGACCCUACUUCCAAAGAAACUCGUUACUUCCACCAAAAGUAACUCAGCAAAUUAAAUUAGAUCCCAACCUUUUAGCACCACUACAACCUAAAACCUCAAACUCUUCCACUUCCAUAAGUGGAAAUAUACCUAGUACCUCAAUUAUGUCAACUGACAAAACCAAAUCAGGGAAAACUUAUAAUAAUUACACCUAUUCCUCCUUUUUCCUUCCCGAGGCCACGCAUCAGAUAGAGUGCCAUUAUGGCCACCCUCCAUCAAUCAACAGAAAUUACUGUCACUAACCUUUCCCCUUCCCCACACGAUACUAUCACCUUAUUACACCAUCACCCCAACCUAAAAGUUGCACUCAUGACCUCCAUCACAAACCAACCCCUCUUACCUUCAACCAACCACAACAAUGCCGAGACAUUUCCCACCGGUGAUAUCGCCGCCACCACCACAACAGAGACAACUACCAGAGAAACUACCAACAACCAGAAUACGACACCGAGCACUUACCUCAGACAACCAACCUCCAAAUCCACAGUCCCACCACAACUUACUACAUUCAAGCAACUUUCCUCCCAAUCGAAGUACUCAUCAGCCACCAAACCUACUGUUACUCACCGAUUCAGUUGCCCUUCGCGUAUGCCAACCCCCAAGAGGCUCAACUACAGACAUUGCUAGCCGUGGAAGGACAAAUCCCGGCUCCACUUUGUAACUUAGCGUUACUACCCUGAUGCUCUUAGAAAACACCCAGCUACUGACCACCAUGGUCAACUAGGGUUUAUACUCCCAAAUGCAAACCCAAUCAGCAUUGCAACUACUCCAAGUUCAGGAGAUAGGUGCACUGGAACUUCUCCACCAACUCAGCUUGUUCAACCUUAUUCCACAGGACAACAACCAGUCAACUACAACGAAGAACAGGGAAGAGGUAGUGAUACAACUCCACCAAAGCUCAUACUAACCAAGGAACUUCUCCAGCUCAUCUCUUCCACUACCUUCCGAGGAAAACAGAGUGGAAUCUCACCUGGAGCCGCUACCACCCCUACCGAAAAAUUUGGACCUAGGCGAAGAUCAAGUUGUUCCACAGUUGACACAGCCAUUACUCCCUAUGGACCACGACGAGGAAGUACCCAACCCUUUCAAUUUCAACAACGAUCGGGCCACAGACAUCUUCGCUCAGAUUAUGCAGAGUGUGGAGUUGAUCGAAUCACUAUCAAUGACGCUACACGAAAACGAGGAAAGAAAGUUCCUUGUCACCAUCCCACUGGAGACUCUACGAGUAGCAAUGCACAUCAGGACUUAUCCCUAGACUCUGGUUCACAAAUAUGGGAUCUUGCUGAUACUAACUUUAACCAUCGAAGACCUGCCAUUGAUGAAGACACCUGCACAUCCUUUAUUGGCCCAUCUGGAAAUGUCACUGACUCAAGGAAGUGGUUCCAUCAGCCCAAACAAUCCCCAGAUGAAGAUUCUUUUAUGGAAUUGUAGGGGCUGUAACAAUCAAGAUUUUCAAAGAAACUUCAAAGCAAUCGUCGAAUGGAACAACCCCAAUGUUAUCUGCUUAAUAGAGAAACGCAUAAGGGACUAUGCGGUAUUGGUAAAUCUGGUUAAAUUUACUGACUCUUUUGAAAUAAGUGCAAAUGGAUAUUCGGGUGGAGUAGUUUUUAUAUGGAAAUGUGACCAGCUUGUAGUCAAUCCUGUUGCUAUCACCGACCAGGAGAUCCAUGUCGAUAUCCAGGUAUGGAGUUUUCACGGGUAUGCGUACAUCCGGGGCCAGAAGUGUACGAUGUGUUAACACUCCAGGAGAAACAUCGAUCACAGGCUGUGUGGGAUGGUGCCUUGAGAGGACCGACCGGAUGCCUGUUUCCUCGCUGCGCGGAUACCGAAUUUUGGAAGCAUGUGAGGCGUCAUCCUUUUCAUCCUCGCAUCCUUGACUACUUUGGCCUGUGUGGAUUUAGGGGAGUAGUAGAGGUAGGAUGUGCAUCAUAUGAUUGGGCAGUCAUCACUGCACUUAUAGAGAGAUGGCGUCCUGAGACGCACACCUUUCAUCUGCGUACAGGUGAGGCGACCAUCACAUUACAAGAUAUUGAGCUUAUGUUUGGCUUGGUUGUUGAUGGUAAUCCCUUGAAUAAUCUUAAUGCUAGAAAUAUAGGUACUGUUGGGUGGCAACAAUUGAUCCAUGAGCUUACUGGUUGGCCACCCGAUCUGAAUUGUUUUAAUGGUGUUAGUAGGUUAGAAGUACAUAAAUUAAUUGAAUAUAUUAGAGGCUUAGAUGACAUUACAGAUCAGACCCCAGAAAUUGAUGUGCAGCAGCGGGUUAGGUUGUACUUGCUAUGGCUUUGUGGCGGCACGAUAUUUCCGGAUAAGUCCGGUGACUUACUUAAUUUAGACUAUUUUCUUGACAUGCGUGACCUUAGAGCAAUGAGUAGACAAGCUUGGGGAGCGGCUGCAUUGUCAUAUUUGUAUACUUGUUUAUGCCACGCUUCAUUGAGGAAAGUCAAGGAUGUGUGCGGUUUCAUUUCCUUAUUGCUGGUUUGGGCUUGGGAGCGAAUUAUACCGAUGCAGCCACCACCCAGGGCCCUUCAGCCACACACGGCUCUUGUACGAAAGUGGACUCAUCGUAAAGCUCGCGAAAAUGAGGCACGUGUUGUGCUAUCCAUAUGUAGGGAUGUAUUGGACAACCUAACAGAUGGUCAGUUUGUGUGGCAGCCUCAUUCAGAGGCCAUCAUUAAUGGACUCCCUGAGUGGUGUCGGCAUGGCCGAGUUAUUUGGAUGGCGCAGGUUCCCUUUAUUUGUGGGAUCUAUCGAGAGUGGCGCAUGGUAGACCGCGUUCUCCGACAGUUCGGUAGGAAGCAACAUAUUCCGGGACCAUGUGCUGAGAUUGUUCCUUUUCAUUACAACCGUGACAAGCGGUAUGCUAUAACAGUGGAGGAUCAACAAAAUUUUGCACAACGGACUUUUUGUGGGAAAAUCGUCGACAAAGGGUAAUUCUGGCCGAGUAUGAAACUCAAGACCCAGAGUCAUUAUCAGAGUAUUUUUGUUGGUAUCGACGUCACUCGCGCACUUUCAUAGGAAAUCCUGCGUAUAAAGUGGAUAGAGGAUAGCAACACAUGGCAGGCAGGCAUGAGGCACUGGCUUUAGGACAUCAAGAAUCGUACAGGUUGGCUCAGCAGACUAUCCAAGAUCCGACUAAGUCUAAUGAAGUGAAGGAAAUAGCAGAGAUGUUUAGCCUCAUUAAUACAGAGUCCAUGGCUGCUGCCUCUCCGGGGACGAUGUUGAGUUUCACUCCCAAUUAUACACCACCGGCAGAGUAUGUUGAGCCGCCUACUGUGCAAGUGCCUCGUCAUCAACGUCCUAAUGUACCAAGACCUGCGGCACAUGGUAGUGGACGCCAAUCAGGUAACAGACGGGGUCGAGGUCCCGUGGAUCACCAGUUGGUUGAUGAGGAAGAGGUUCGUUUUGAUCAAGAUAUGCGCAGCUCAACGAUGCCUGCAGCUGAUGAUGCAUAUUACCCAAUAAUAAAUUUUAUGUCUAGCUCAUCGACGUCUGCUCCCGAGGUUCAAUCACCAGAGGUAAUCAGAAGUGAGGGGCCUUUUCAGGCAUUCGCAUCGUCUGAGCCUAUUAGCCUCACAUUUAUGGCCUAAUAGUUUGGUGUUCAGACAAGCAGCUCUUAUGGGAUGACUGAGGGGCCUUUACCUGCUCUUCAAUUGGGAGGAGAUUGAGUUUUACCGACUCUCCCAUGGCAUUUGAUGUUGGAUCCUCACACAUUCCUGUGCCGAUGUACAGACUUUAGAGCCACAGGAUGCGGAUGUGAUACAAGAGGAGGUUCACCAACGUAGAUCAAAACGAGAGCGCCGGCAAACUCGGUGUGGCACGGGAGGG